CUCAGAGAUUUAAUUCAUCGAUUCGUUUUCUUUUCCGUUUUCUCUCACUUUCUCGGCAUUCCUUCCAUUUUCAGAAUGACGAUCCUCAUCGAGCAGCCGAAAAUCGGAUCAGAGGUUGAGGAGCAGAAGCUGUGUAAUUUAGAAAGUGAUAAGUUGGUAUUGGACGGUGGGUCUGUAAAUUCAAAACCUGCACCAAACGACGCCGCAUUUGUCGCCCCCGAAAUUAACUCUUUUGGCCAUUCAUUCAGGGAUUAUGAUGCAGAAAGUGAAAGGCAAAAAACCGUAGAAGAAUUGUACCGCUUGAACCACAUCAACCAAACCUAUGAUUUUGUGAAGAGAAUGAGAGAAGAAUAUGGGAAGUUGGAGAAGGUAGAAAUGAGCAUAUGGGAAUGCUGUGAGCUGCUGAACGAAGUAGUAGAUGACAGUGAUCCAGAUUUGGAUGAGCCUCAGAUUCAGCACUUGCUUCAGUCUGCUGAAGCCAUUAGAAAAGACUAUCCCAAUCAAGAUUGGCUCCACUUGACUGCUCUCAUCCAUGACCUUGGAAAGGUUCUUCUUCUUCCUAGCUUUGGAGGGCUUCCUCAAUGGGCUGUUGUUGGUGAUACACACCCUCUUGGCUGUGCUUUUGAUGAAUCUAUUGUUCAUCACAAGUACUUCAAGGAGAAUGUGGACUAUGAUAAUCCAUCUUAUAACACCAAAUAUGGAAUCUAUUCUCAAGGGUGUGGCCUAGACAACGUAAUGAUUUCUUGGGGGCAUGACGAUUAUAUGUACUUGGUGGCUAAAGAGAAUGGAACUACCCUACCUCCUGCUGGAUUGUUUAUCAUUAGAUAUCAUUCAUUUUAUCCAUUACACAGAGGAGGAGCAUAUGAACACUUGAUGAACGAAGAGGAUGUUGAGAAUUUGAAGUGGCUCAAGAUUUUCAACAAAUACGACCUCUAUAGCAAGAGCAAAGUUCUAGUCGACGUUGAAAAAGUGAAGCCUUACUAUCAAUCUCUUAUUGAAAAGUAUUUUCCCGCAAAGCUUAGAUGGUGAUCAUCGAUCAAUUAGAAAGUUUUGGUGAGCAUCGACGAAUAUGAGGAUGGUGAUUGACUU